UUCAGGAAGUGUAGUUUAACACUGAAGACUCUCUCUACUCUGUACAUGUCUGUGUCAACAGAAGUUGAGUAUAUGUGUUAGCCCAGUCGGUGUGGAAACAUGACAGACAUUUUAUUAAAAAUAAAAAGCAACGUAGCAGAGAAACAGAAGACGGCCGUUGCCCAUAGCGACCUACAGAAGUGGGGUUUAAGAGGGAUACAGCUGAGACCUUACCAGCUGGAUGGUGUGCAGUGGUUAACUCAGUGCCUGAAGAACCAGCAGGGAUGCAUUCUGGGAGACGAGAUGGGUUUGGGGAAAACAUGCCAGACAAUCUCUCUGUUGAUGUACAUGUCAGGAGGUCUUGGGAAGAAAGGUCCGUUCUUGGUGCUGAGCCCGCUCUCUGUCAUGGAGAACUGGAGAAGGGAGUUGGAAGGCUUCGCGCCCUCUCUGACUGUUCUGUGUUACAACGGAGACAAAGAGAGACGGGCUGAGCUUCAGAGGGAAACAGACACACAGGACUUUCAUGUUCUGCUCACUACAUAUGAGCUGUGUCUUAAAGAUGCUUCAUUCUUGAGACGGUGGAAGUGGAAGGUGCUUGUGGUAGAUGAAGCUCACAGACUGAAGAAUCAGAAUUCACUGUUGCACAAAACCUUGACACAGUUCUCAGUUGGCUUCAAAGUCCUGCUGACAGGAACCCCGAUACAGAACAACCUGCAGGAGCUCUACUCCUUGUUGAGCUUCAUUCAGCCCAGCAUCUUUACAGAGGAUGAGACGGACGAUUUUGUCAACUCGUACUCUAACGUACAAAGUCAGCCUGCCCUGGCUGCUGAGCUGCAGAGUAUCCUGGAGCCUUUCCUGCUCCGUAGAGUCAAGUCAGAAGUGGCCGUAGAUCUGCCAAAGAAGACCGAGCUGGUGGUGUACCACGGCAUGUCGGCUCUGCAGAAAAGAUACUACAAAGCCUUUCUGAUGAAGGAUCUGGAGGCUUUUGGAAAUGAGCAGGGCAACAAGAACCGGCUGCUGAACAUCUUGAUGAACCUGAGAAAGUGUGUCGAUCACCCGUAUUUGUUUGAUGGGGUGGAACCGGAGCCUUUUGAGAUGGGGCAGCAUCUCGUUGAAGCCAGUGGGAAACUUUGCCUUUUGGACAGCAUGCUGACUUACCUUCACAAAGGGGGCCACCGGAUCCUGCUGUUCUCUCAGAUGACGAGGAUGCUGGACAUACUUCAGGAUUAUAUGGAGUACAGAGGCUAUAGCUACGAACGUCUGGAUGGGUCCGUCCGAGGAGAGGAACGAAAUCUAGCAGUGAAGAACUUCAGCAGCAAAGAUAUCUUUGUGUUUCUACUCAGCACUAAAGCCGGGGGAGUGGGCUUGAACCUUACAGCUGCUGACACGGUCAUUUUCAUGGACAGUGACUUCAACCCUCAAAAUGACUUGCAGGCCGCUGCACGCUGCCAUCGGAUUGGUCAGAACAGACCUGUGAAAGUGGUCCGCCUUCUGGCAAGAGACACUGUGGAGGAAAUCAUGUACUCUCGUGCUGUCUCCAAGUUGCACCUCACUAACACUGUUAUUGAAGAAGGACGCUUCUCUUUGCUGGACCAAGCACAGUCAGCUGCUGCAGGACUGCAGCUAAGUGAGAUCUUGAAGUUUGGGGUAGAUAAGCUUUUGUCAUCAGAGGAGAGCUCUGUACAGGAUGUGAAACUGGAGAAGAUCCUCGGUCCAUCACGUGAUGGUCAGUGGGUGGAUGAUGAAGACUUCACCUCAGUCAGAGAGGAAGACGAGGAGGAAGAGAGCAGCUCUGAAUCUGACAGGCAGAACCACAUGUACUACUUUGAGGGGAAAGACUACAGCAAGGACCCCAGCUCUGAAGACCAGAAGAGCUUUGACCGUUUGCUGGAGGAGCAGCUGGACGAGUUCCAGAGCGCUGCAGGAGAGGGUCGAGCUCUACGACACAAAGCUGGAGCUUCACUGUCGAUAGCUUUUGGGAUCCCGACGAGGAAGAGGAAACCUCUUACUGAGGCUGAGCUGGAGCUGAGGCGCCAGAGAAGGGAGGAGGCUGCAGCUAAGAGAGCCAAAAUUCAGGAGGACGAGAAGAAGAGGCAACAAGAGCAGAAAUACAAGAAAAGAAUGGCAUGGUGGGAGUCGUGCGGCUACAGAUCACGGUGCCUGCCGUCUGUGGACAGUGAAGAAGAUGAAGAAGAAGAAGAGGAGGAGGAGGAUGACAGCAGCAUGUGCUCCACAGACUCUGACAGCACAGCCAUCCACUAUGUUCUGGGGGAUGUUACUCAUCCUCACGCUGCUCAGGGAGAUGCUAUCAUCGUCCACUGUGUUGAUGACUCAGGCCGGUGGGGCAGGGGAGGCUUGUUUACAGCUCUAGAGGUGAGAUCAGACGAACCACGAAAGCAGUAUGAGUUGGCAGGCAGGAUGAAAGAUUUGGAUCUUGGACAUGUGCUGCUCUUUGCCAUAGAUGACAAACAGUCCAGACUAGAUGGCCAGGAUCAGUUGGCCCUGGUAGUGGCACAGCGAAGAGACAGAGCCAACAACUUGUCCGGGAUCUUUCUAAGUGCUCUGGACGAAGGUCUGAAGAAGAUUUACGCAGCAGCCAAAAGGAAUAAGGCGAGUGUACAUCUUCCUCGCAUCGGCCACUCCACCAAAAGCUUCAACUGGUACGGCACAGAGAGGCUCAUCAGGAAACACCUGGCUUCCAGAGGCAUUCCCACAUUCAUAUACUAUCACAGCAGAGCAGCAAAGAACACCAAUCAGGCAUCCACCUCUGCGACGACAACAUCCUCCCCUCCACCACAGUUUCAUAACUCAAGCAGGUCGACUGACGAGACAGAGGCAGACACCCCCGGCCCCCCGGCUCCUCUCCGGAGCCCCGGCCCCGCAGAGCUCCCCUGUUUCAUGAGGGGAGUCCGUGUGUUCUUCUACAACCUGUCUGCAUCAGAGAGAAAGAGGCUGGCCCGCUACCUCAUCACUUAUGAUGGAGAUGAGGAGGAGAUAAUGAGUCCAGAGGUCACCCACAUAGUCGCAGAGGUGGAGAACAGCUUCCACACACGGGAGCUCCAGGGUCUGCUGCGUCAGUACACUCAGGCUGUCCCAGUGCAGAAGGACUGGCUCGAGUCCUGCCUCUCCAAACAGCGAAAAGUCAACACGGCACCGUUCCUGCAUCUGCUCUGAUAACACCCAUUGUUUUUCAAUCCUGGUUAUUUCUUUUUUAAAACGAUCCCUUUGUAUGAAGCUUGAAUUAACUACAUAGAUAAACAAUCAUUUAUUUAUGAGUGACAUGAGGAGUGAAUAAAUAAACACUUCUGUCUGACAA